CGAGUGUGACCGUACGCGGCAACUGUCGGAUGUUUUAGGCCCUUUUGAAGUGUGACAAGGUGGACGCCAGCUGGCCGGACUGGAUAAGUCAAGCGCCGAGAUGAACGACGAGGAAAUUAUAAAGCAGCGUCUACUGAUCGAUGGAGACGGCACUGGGGAGGACCGGCGCCUGAACAUGCUGCUCAAGCAGCUCCUUAAGUGGGCCAAUGGGAAGAACGACUCGCCGGAAACCUGCCAGAUCAUGCACGACCGCCUGAUGGCCCAUUUCGCCCAGUGCAAGCUGACUGCGAUGAAGAACGUGCAGACGCUGCAGAUGAUCAACGCCGAGGCGGAGCACUAUCGGCAGCUGGUGGGGCAACACGAGGAGAGCAUUGGCUUGGCCAAGGAGGAGAUCGAGGCCAGCAAGAAGGAGCUGAUCACCGCCAAGCAGAUUCGCAAGAACAAGAUGGAGUACGACCUGCUGGCCUCGCUCAUCGAGGAGCAGCCGGACCGCAACGGCACCCAGGGUCAGAUUGAGACGAUUCGGAAGGACAUCGAUGUGCUGGUGCAGAAGAAGCUCAAGAUGGAGCGCAAGUUCCAGAAGCGCCGCAACGACUUCACCCUGCUUAUGUACACCAUCCACGAGCUGGAGCAGCAGCUGGAGCAGGAAAACAGCUCCUCAUCGUCCUCUUCGUCCUCCAGCGACCACGAAGCGGGCUCCGAGCCGGAUCUUGACGACAACGGCAUAAUGGAGGUCAGCGACGAGGACGACGACCUGGCCAGUAUUAGCCCCACCAAGUUCGACGGUGUGCGCGGUGAGCCAAAGAUCGCCUCCGCCUCCACAGAGGACUCCAAGGCCAUGUCCUUGGAGGAGGAUGCUGUGCUGGAGCUGAGCAUAGACAAGGACGAGCAUGACGUGGAUGUGGCAGUGGCCAGUUAGAGGCGAAGAAAUUAAAUAAAAUGCUAAAUCUCUGAAAUUUA